ACCAGGGAAUAUAUAAUCAAAAUCUCUCACUCAAAACCCUAAUCCCACCAGCAGCUGAACUUCGCAUCGCCACACUCACACACACAGAGAGACGAGAAGCGAAAAUGGUGAAAUUCCUGAAGCCAAACAAGGCUGUGAUCCUCCUCCAGGGUCGAUUCGCCGGUCACAAGGCCACAAUCGUGAAGAAUUUUGACGACGGCACUCGCGACCGCGCGUACGGGCACUGCCUCGUCGCCGGAAUCGCCAAGUACCCGAGCAAAGUGAUCCGCAAGGACUCCGCGAAGAAGCAGGCGAAGAAAUCUCGGGUCAAGGCAUUCAUCAAGCUCGUGAACUACAACCACAUCAUGCCCACGCGCUACACGCUCGACGUGGAUCUCAAGGACGUCGUCUCCGCCGACGCGCUCGUGUCGCGUGACAAGAAGGUCACCGCCUGCAAGGAGGUCAAGGGCAAGUUUGAGGAGAGGUUCAAAACUGGCAAGAACCGUUGGUUCUUCUCCAAGCUCAGGUUCUGAAGUGGAAACAUUUUCAUUUCGUAUCUUCUGUUUUGUGUUUCGAUUUGCUUUAUGUUUUUUUUUUUUUUUAGGAAUUUUGACUGAUGAACUUGUUUCUAUUUUGCGGAUUAUAUUGUUAAGAUUAUGGUUUAAGAUUUGAAUGAAAUGUCUACUACUCUGGUAUUUCAUGGAUAUCUCCUUUCUAAUUAUUCUACACUUUUGGUUU